AUGGUGCACUAUUCCGGCCUCAUCCGCGCCAAACCGCGCUGGUGGGAAAAGGUAACCGAUCCCGCCAUCGCCGCAAAGUAUCGCCAGGAGAUCGUGGCCGACGACCUCGAGAUGGUCGACCGGUACUGGGGCGGUGAGCGCAGAGCGCAGCUCGACGACGACGCCCCCGCCAAGUUCAAGACGGACAAGGUCAAACGAUGGCCGCGAGAGCCCCUGUCCGAUGCGCAGCUGGCGUACAUCUUCGACGAGCUCGUGUACGAGGCCUCGGCGCGCGAUCCGAGCACUGGGAGCUUUGCAAGUCUUUGUGCGUCCUCCGUGCGGAAGGUUCACGAGUCGCAGUCGCUCAUCGAGCCCGCGCUCAAGGAGCAGUUCGUGCGCGCCGCGGCGAUGCUGGAAAACGUGCCGGACGACAAGAAAGACUGGCACCCGAACACCGACGAGCAGGUUCUUGAUCUCGUUCACCCCUCGCUCUAUCCCGCGUGCAUCGGCCGCACACUCUUCCACAAGCGCUCCGAAGACGGCGGCGAGCCCACUCUCGCGCUCCUCACCCCAGAGGAAUACGUCGACGCGCGCGGGGACCUCUCGUUGGACCCGGAUUACACCACGUCCAUGGCCUACCAAUGGCUCCCAACCGACUUUGCGGUUUCCGACUCCGGCGACGUCUCUGCACUCGGGUACAUCAACAACCUGCAUCCGAUCCACCACCGCGCGCUGUACCCCGCACUGGAGCGCAUCCUCGCGCGUUUCGUGACGCUCUUUGACCGCGUUCUCUGGGACGCCGCAUCGCCUGCGCGCCCGCUCGCGGUGGACAUCACGGAUCAGGUGUUCUUGUGGUACAACGACAUCGAGCCGCCCGAGCCAGAGUGGGACGACGCCAAUCGCGCGGUGCACGACGCGUGGGAGAAGGCGCACCGCUGGCCCCGUGUGCCCGACCCCGCGCCGUUCGCGCCCCCGUCUGCGGACGGCCGCGUGUCCUUCACGCUCAAGGGGCGCACGGUGCAGGCGAUCGUCAAGCUCGCCAGCAUCCACCUCACGCCCGAGAAGCCGACGUACCCCGGGGGCUCGUGGCACGUCGAAGGGAUGGCGAACGAGCGGAUCGUGGCGACGGGCCUCUACUACUACGCGAUGGAGAACGUCACGGCGAGCCGGCUCGCGUUCCGGCAGAGCCUCUGGGACGGGGACGACCUCGAGUACGAGCAGGACGACCACCGGGGGUACGUCGCGGUGUAUGGGUUUGGGCGGGACGACGCGCUGAGCCAGCCGAUCGGGCACGUCGUCGCGGCGGAGGGCAAGUGUGUCGCGUUCCCAAACGUGUACCAGCACCGAGUCGAGCCGUUCGAGCUGGAGGACAAGACGCGGUCCGGGCACCGGAAGAUACUGGCGCUGUUCCUCGUGGACCCCAUCGACCGGGUGUUGUCGACGAGCGACGUUCCGCCGCAGCAGGAGGAGUGGGCGAUGGCGGAGGCAGAGAACGCGGAGAUGCUGCGACGUAUGCCGCAGGAGCUGGUGGAUAUGGUCAUGGGGCAUGCCAAGGAGGGGCUGAUGAGCAGAGAGGAAGCGGAGGAGCACCGGCUGAAGCUCAUGGCUGAGCGGUCGAGGUUUGUCAAGGGGCACAACGAGGAAGUCUUUGAGAUGAAGUUCAACAUGUGCGAGCAUUGA